GGGACUGCUCCUUGUGAGGUGACGGAGGACGCUGUCUCCACCAGCGGGGCAGGGAGGGCGGAGGCGCACACUGUCCACACUGCAAUCUGCCAACAAUUUCAGCCAGUCUGUGGUCAAAGCUACUUGUUUACACACGUAGUCACGAAUCUCCUAAGCAGUACCUUACUUGAAGGAUUCUUGGAAAUUCAAGUGUGAUGGUCAGGACUUUGUAGUAAGUGCUGAAGCCAUCGUUGACUAGACUGAGCUUCCGUGAUUCUUGAACACAGUCCCCUAAAUCUGAUCGUGAGGUAUACGGGAUCCAGCCGUUUGCUGGUGGAUGGAGUUUCACUUUCACCCCUGCUGUGUGACCGCGCACUGUCUUGCCUGUUUCACAAACUGUACGGACAUCCUUUACCCGGAGACUGAUGAUACAGAAGAGGAAGAAUAUUGCGGCUGGCUGCAACGGGCAGGGUAGGCGGGGCGGGCGGGGCGGGACUCUUUUUCUAUUGGUGCAGGGCGGCUUGUUUGUGGCAGAUUAACCAGGAGCCCAGGAAGUGAAGGGCAGAAGGUGUGAGAAGAGAUCUCCCGGUGGACGUUGAAUAGAAGUCAUCCCAGAGUUAACAUCAAAUUCGCAAAAAUGAUGCUGAAGCUGGCCAUCCUGGCCUUAAUCGUGGCUCUGAGCCAGGCCGGUUCUCCAAAUGUACAGGUGUAUACCUACAAACUGAUAAAGGAGGGCGAAUCCAACGUGUUGCUCUGUCAUGCCAAAGAUUUCAGCCCCCCCAACAUCAAGCUGGAGCUGCUGGAGAAUGGAAAUGUCAUUCCCAAUACCACCCAGUCUGACCUGUCCUUUGAGUCAGACUGGAGUUUCAAACUAACUCGUUAUGUGGAGUUCACCCCCCAGAGUGGAUACAAGUAUGCCUGCAGGGUGAUUCACAGUGGCGUCUCAAAAAUGAUUCAGCUUGAUGCCUACUAACAUGUCACCACAGAGUCACUGAACAACAUAGCGAGGCUACUGAAUCAAUCAACGACUUCCACAUCAAUUUCUUUCAAACUAUCUUCAAAUGUAAAAUGUUCAACAAAUUAGUAUGAUUUUAUAGGAUAUCUGAAAUUUAUUUACCUGAUGCGGAAUAAGUUUGCUUUUGGCUCUUCAAUCUAGUAAUUUACACCCUAGACACUUGUUCCAAAAUUGCCGUUGCAACUCCUCCACGAGGUUCGGAAUAUUAAAAAUUGGGGGUAAAUAAUUAUGAGUGCAAGUAAAAGGCCAGUUAAAAUCUAAUCUGCAAAUGUAACGUCACUGCAAGACUCUCAGUGAGGUUUAUAGUUAGAAACUUCAAUAAAUGACUAAAAGACUACCCAAAGCUAGAACCAGUAAAGCUUGAAGAUUUGAAAAAAUUGAAAAGAAAAUUGAAGAAUUGCCAUUGUUGUUUGGUCUAGACUCGGAGCUUCAGCUCUUUUGAACUGAAGAGCCUACUGUGUUAAAUGUGUUUCCCAUAUGGUAAGAGACACAGCAAAUUGUGGUCCUUACAGUCAGGGAUUGGGAGACCACAAGUCAGAACCCAAUCUCUUUCCCAACUAGCUUUGCAUUCCAUCUUCCUGAUUUAUCCUGGAAAAUCUUGCAGUGUGUAAUCUUGACCUCGAGGUGCUGGAACCCCGCAAUUUUAACAUUUGGACUCAGCGUAAUACAGAGAUUAGCACCGCCACAUAGAUUAAUUUUUUUUAGAGAGCCUGUACUUCAAAUCAUUAUUAAGCAUUUCUGCAAGUGGGAAUUGUGGGAUUUGAUAAGGAUAGUGCUGUCAACAAUAAUUACAUUCUAUGUAAUUCUCAUUCAGUGUGAUACAUACACUGUUUUCUGCUAUUCUCUAUAUGCUUACUGGUGUGAAUAAAAUUUUCCUCCUUA